GCUGCACGCCUGUCAAUGUGAUCCCUCCUUGCCCUUUGUAUUCUCGCCUGCCUGUCACAGCCCGCGCGAUGCUGAACUUGACGGCUGUGCCAGCAUGUGGUGUCUCCUGCCUAGUCUCACAAUAUCCCCAAUCGUCCUGCCCGCUUACGAACCAAACGUGUCUAUGCGAAGACACCAAAUACAAUGACCUUGUUCAAACUUGCGUCGUUGCGGGAUGUACCGUCAAGGACCAGCUUUUGACGCUACGAGAAGCCUCCCUGGGCUGCGGACUCCCUGUCACGGAUACAGGGGGAAGCCUAAAGCUGCUGCAUGCUUUGCUGUUCGUCGCGCACUCCAUAUUCUUUCUCCUGCGCAUGACCACGAGAGCCCUGCGUCUGGUACCAUGGGGCCUGGAUGAUACGACAGUCGUGAUUGCUUGGGUCCUUGGUAUAUUGUUCUUUGCCUCUGGUAUUGUCGAAGCUGAUCUCGGGGUUGGCAAACCAUACUGGGCACUGGAGUUUUGGCAAAUAGAGGGAAGCUUCAUUGUCUUCUUCGCCUUCGAAAUGGUAUACAACCUGUGCCUUGGCAUGAUAAAGAUUUCGAUAUGCUUCUUUUACAUGCGGAUUUUCCAGAGCCCUGGGUUCCAGAAGGUCAUGUGGGCCACGCAGAUCUUCAACGUACUCGCCGUCUUUGCCUUCUUCCUCGUGGGCUGGUUUCAGUGUCAACCAUUGAACUACUUUUGGAAAGGCUGGGACGGUACACAAAAGGGCAGCUGCUUUGAUAUCAAUGGCUUUGCUUAUGGGCAUGCCGCUGUCAACAUCGCUAUCGACGUGUGGAUGCUGGUCCUUCCGGGAACACAGGUUUGGAAGCUCAACAUGUCUUUCAAGCGCAAGCUGGCAGUGACCUUGAUGUUUGCCUGUGGUGUUCUCUUGACCGCGAUCAGUAUCACGCGAUUCACAAUCAUCAUCGGCUUCUUCGGCAACUGGUCAAAAUCGACAAAUUCUCAGGGGCUGUACAAUGCGGCGGUGUGGACAACAAUCGAAUUGGCCACAGGACUAAUAGUUGCUAAUCUGCCGGCAUCAAGGAUCAUUGUCAGCAGAUACUUGACAAAGGUCUUGGACUCUACCGGCUUGUCCAAGUCAUCUAGAAAGAGCCAACUGCCUUCCUCUGUCGAGAAUAGCAACCGCCCGAGCGCCAGAGGUUCCAGGAAAGGCAGUGGCAUGCUGUCGUCGAAGUUCUGGCUGCCGGUCACGUCGAUAGUAAGAAGCACUGCGACCACCGCAAACGACUCUAGGGUGGAGGAUACGAGGCACGUCCCCGACGCAGACGGCGAAUCGAAUAUGGAGUUGGUCAGCGUGAGGUCACACGCGGCGCAUGAUACUUUCGACGCAGCGCCAGACUUGUCCAGGCGACCAAGUCAACUUGGCGAAAAGCAUCGAAGUAGUGAAAGUGUUUAAAAGAAAAUAGAAAUUAAAUGGCCACCUACAUUAAUGCUCACCAAAGCAUGAAUGGUUAG